CAGAGUGUGAAAGUACAGUACCUAUGUCGAGCCCGCGAUAAGAUAAGGCGGCGACUGCUGAAUUGCGAGGAACAAUUUCAAUAGCGAGGUCACGUUCUGUAUAGCCGCAGUAGUGGUAUUUUCGCAUCGCACCUCUGUCGGCUGGAUAACACGCUCACAUGCUCCGUUCAGCAGUGAAAGCGCACAAUGCAAUUCCACGUAGUUCAGACCGACCUAGCUCGAUAUCCUGUACCGUUGAGUCCACAACUUGUCCUGAAAGACAUCUGUCUUGUAUGCCACCGUAUAUUUCCCGAUGCGACGAGAUGCUUUCCUUGGGCUCGAGCUUCGCUUUCUUUUUCAACAACGUCUGUGACUCGGCUCGCGCAGGUGGAGAGGCAGAGCUGCAGCUGAUUGUGGUAGGACGGCCUUCGUGAUCAGGAAGCGCAGGACUUCAUAAGUGGAGGUGGUACGAGGAUAGUGACUGCGGAAGAAGUCCAGGCGUCUCUUGGCUCAUAUCAUCUCACUCGAUGGGAGAUCUCUUUGCACUGUUCUGCUUUCGUGCUCGCUUGCUUGAUGUUGGGAUAUUGCGGUCGAUUUAAUGUGGGAGUGCGUGUCU